CUGGCAGCGUGGGACAGACAUGGCGGCUUCCAUAUCACAGCAGCUCGAGGAUUUGUUAAACCCUUUACCAAACUUUGUAGAUCCCGAAGACGACGAAGAUGAAGAAACUAAAGCUAAAGUCGUAGAGAGGUUUGAUGAAGGUCAUAAUGAUGAAGAAUCUGCAUCUGGUUAUUUGCGGAAGCGUACUGCGACCAUUCUGGCAGAUAAUGAUAGCAGAUAUCAUGGCAAGGCAACAUCCAGAAAACAGCUACAGAAAGAGCUUAUUGGAACAGCUGAUGAAGAGGAAAACGACGACGACGAUGAUGAUGAUGAUGAUGAUGAUGAAAGUGGAAUGCUUGAUAAGUACAUGGCGAACAUUAACGAUGUUGAGGAGGAUGACAUUGAUGAUGAGGAUGAAGAUGAUGAGAUGGAUGAAGACCAAGAUGACAACGAUGAUGAAGAGGAUCUUAUUGGAGACAAUAGCUCACAGAUGUCCAGCUUAAUUUCUAAAAUGAAGGGCACAGACUUGAUGAAAUUCACAGAGGGGAUGGAUGAUCUGGGAGACAGUGAAGAUGAGGAGGACUCUUCUGAGGAUGAGGAGGAGGAAGGAGAGAGUGAGGAAGACUCUGAGGAAGAGGAGGAAUCUGCUCUGAGGACUUUCUCUAAAGAGAAGGUGGAUGAAGAGGUUCAAAAGGGGAAAGCAGUGCAAAAUCAACUUGCUCUUUGGGACGUCUUGCUUGAAGGACGAAUCAAAAUGCAGAAGGCUCUUGUGACAGCCAAUCAGCUUCCACAAUCACAGACAUUCCCAGAGUUCAAGAGUAGGGGAGGGCCCGAAUAUGCAGAAGCCUUAAAAAAUAGUCACAAAGCCCUGAAGGCUCUACAGAGAUCCCUGCUGGAGCUCCAAGAUCAGCUACUCUACCAAAACCCAGAAACCCGAGGAAUCUCGCAGGGCAAGACCUGGUCAGCUAAUAGCAAUAAUAAAGAUGAUGAGGAGAUAAACAGUGAUGAUGAAGAGGAAAAUGUGGAUGACGUUGACGAAAAGGCGGCAGGUCGAAAAGGUCCCCCCAAACGAAAGUUGGAAAUGGCAGAGUAUCCCAGCCUCAUGGCCAAACGCUUUGCUGCUUUUCAACCGUACCGUGACGCCAGCCUGCAAAAAUGGUACGACAAGACGCGGCUCACAAUGGGCAAGACCAAUAAGGGCUUUGGAGCAUUUGACAGGAACAUUCUGACACAGGUGGAGCAGGUUUUAAUGGAUAAAGAGAGGCUGGUGAGACGUACACAGACUCGCAGGUCUCAGUACAGAGUUCUGGGAAAACCGGAGCCCAUUGCACCGGAAAUAGAGAACACGGCCAUCACAGAAGGAGAGGCAGCAGAACUGGCAAUAAAAGCUAAUUUGCACCUCAAAGAUCUGGAUGAGGAGAUUUUCGAUGACGAUGACUUCUAUCACCAGCUCCUUCGAGAACUUAUCGAGCGCAAAACAAGUGCAGUCGACCCCAAUGAUCAAGUGGCCAUGGGAAGGCAGUGGCUCGCCAUCCAGAAAUUACGCAGUAAAAUCAAGAAAAAGGUGGACACUAAAGCUAGCAAAGGCAGGAAGAUCAGGUUCCAUGUUCAUAGUAAACUGAUGAAUUUUAUGGCUCCUCUGGACAACAGCAGCAUGAGAGAUGACGCCCGGUCUGAGCUGUAUCGUUCUCUUUUUGCCAAUGGUCCGGUGAUGGCACAGUGAUUCAAACAUCUGUCUCGAUACUUAAAUCGCAGUGUCCUAACAGCAAGUUUAAUAAAGGGAUAGUUCACCAAAAAUAAAAAUACUGUCAUUAUUUAUUCACCCUCAUGUUGUUCAAAACCCAAAAGAAGAUAUUUUGAGUCAGUGGAGUCUAGUGUUGUUUGGUUAACAACGUUCUUCAAAAUAUCUUCUUGUAUUCUGCAGAAGGAAGAAAGUCAUACAGGUUUGAAAUUUUCGAAGUUUCAUUUUUUGGUGAACUGUCUCUUUAACUGCACUGUUCCCAAACGUAUCUGCUGGAGAUGAAAACCUUCAGAAACCCUGGACUCAGCUAAUGAUUUUGUUUUUAUGUUUGUUCAAAAAUAUGUUUUAGAUAAUUGUCUGCUCUGAAAAUAUCUGUAAAUGAAACAGUGUUUCUAUUAAAUCUCAACGUUACA